AAGAACGGAUGUGGAAGUGGAACUAUCCUGAGCGUGGAAGAUUUUUCACAACAUUCAUAGUCUUUAUGGUCUGAACUCACCAGCAGUGACAUCAGUUUUCAUUCAUUAGUUCGUUUUUUCUUUCCGGGAAAAGUGCUUUUUACUCUGGCCAUACUUGUAUUCCUUGAAGUGACUUCUUGAUAACAUUUCCCCGGAGGCUGCAGGUGUGGGAGGACAUUAUCAUCGUUCCUCUUACGCCACUUUGGCGCGGACACUCCUGGUGGGAGUCCUGGUUUGAGUGCGUAUGUGCUUGUAUGCUUUCAGAAAUCGUGCAUAAGAGGACGGAAAAAGUUCUAAACUUUAAUGGAUGUUUGAAAAAGUUGUUCUUGCUCGCUCACUACUGGAGCAGACCAGGCCACAUCCGGGACGAGGAAGGCAGGGAAGGGCAGGGAUCUACUUAGGGGGAUCCACCGGUGGAAAAGCAGGAACAAACAAAACCCAAAGCCAAGUAAACAAUUGUUCUUUUGCAUAAUCGUGCUCCGUGAAACUGCAGAACCGGAAGGAAGAAAGCAGAUCCAACCGAUGCAGAGUGGAAGCGAAGUACUAGUGAAGAAAUACCAAAAGCAAUAGCUGAAUGUCGAGUGCAUUCUCCGAGGGGUUGUGCACUUCAUGCUGAGAUUUGUGCGAAAAAGUUUUUGCGGCACAGUUUUCGGCAAGUUUUUCGCUAUUCGUUCGUGCCACUAUCAUUGGGAGUACGUGAGUGAAGUAACACAGUGACGGCACAGUAAUACUCAUACGAAUCCUAACGAAGGAAAAGGUAACACAUUCGUCACAGCUUUUCCGUCGCAGCCUUCGGAGAUGUUUGGAGAAUUUAUUUGUGUCACCCAGCGUGGGCUUUUUUUUAUCGGUGCCACCAUACACGAGCUAAUUGGAUUUAGGGCAAACGUGAAAAAUGAAUAAUGGUAUGAAAUAUAGAACGAUACAUGGUACGGAAACCAACCACACAUCUGACGGCUGGCUGCUCUCUAUCGCUUCCAUCAAAUGUGUGUAUGUUAAUCGAAUCUACGGUGUAUAAUACAUGUGAAUAAUAAUUAUAUCAUACAAUCAAUUCCGGAUGUUGUACAGCUGUGUGUUGAUAUAUUUGCGCAAUCGUCAGCCAGCAAAAUACAGAUACCUACCAGAAGUGAUAGCUUUAUUUAUGUAGAGCAGCUAUGUGAGCAGCAGACGAGGGAUUAAGUGGAAAAUCAAACGUGUGACACCAAUCCCGGAAACAGACCUUUAAUAACGAUCUUUAAAGAUUGGAUUUUCGAUUGAACAGAUGCGAGACAUACGAUAUUUGUCUCUUCGAGAGGAAUGAAUUUCAAAGCUGGAGUUUAAAGAUUCCCUCCAAAUAACAAAACAUACCGAACAACGGGAAAAAAAAACUUAAACAAAUGUUGCAUAGUAAGUGUGAGCUGUGAAAAAAUUGACAUCGCACUAACGUGUACAAAAUGUGGAGGCGUGCAGGAAUGACGAUGAUGAUGGCUGCUAGCCGGCGGCAGUUUAUGAAACGUGUAAUCAUAAAUGCGUCAUGCUUCCUAAUUAUAUGCACAGCUGUCAGUGUUGCCAAAGCCACGCCCCCACUUCCAUCCGCGGAUCGGUCUAGGAUAGGGGCGUUGUUGAACAUUGACUAUAACAUCGGCAUCGGAAGUGGCAGCGAUGUGCAAUCGAUUUCUAGCGCUAUCAACGGAAAUGGGCGGACGGACGACAAUAACAGCAGGAUUCCGGGGCAAAAACGACAGUUUUAUGUGAAUAGCCCUCGUAAAAGCUUAUUUCCAGUAAAGUCUGAUUAUGAGUUUGAAGAUGUCCAGAAUAAACGUGAUUUUAUCGAAACCGUUCGAUGGAGACGAAGCGCCGCAAAGAUUAGUACAAAUAAUAAAUUCAACAUUCUAAACUUGUCGAACAAAAAUCUUACUAACGGAAAUCUUCUGGUACGAGAACUGGACAACUACAACCAAAAACAUAGUAAUUUUGACACCAAUCAUUACUAUAAUCUUAGCGACAUCAACGCUCUGGACCUAUCGAAGAAUAAUCUCUCGAGCCAAUUCCCGGAGUCGAUAAUCGGAAACUUUUCCGCACUUACCUGGUUGGAUCUGUCCGAGAAUAAUCUCUCGAGUACGGGAGAUUUCACAUUUCCGGCGCUAAAGUAUCUGAACCUUUCCAACAAUCUCCUGGACUCGUUUUCCAGCACAAAUCUACCCCACUUGACGCGACUAGAUUUGUCUAGCAAUAUGAUUUCCGAAAGUGCCAGCCUCAUGCCACUGUCAUUGAAGAAUCUGACCGAUCUCGACCUCAGCUGCAACCGAAUAGCUAAACUGGACAAAGAUUUCUUUUUCCAUGCCCGCUCGCUCCAGCAACUGGACAUUUCCGGCAAUGCAAUCGAACGCCUGGAUCGGUCCAUUUUCUACUAUCUUAUCAACCUGGAACAUCUGAACCUGGCUGGAAAUAGGAUUGGGGUUAUUGAAAAUGACACGUUCUCGUAUCUGGUGAAUUUGCAAUUUCUGGACCUGUCACACAACGACAUCGGUACCGAUUCCAUCCGGGCCUUGCAGGGCAUUCCGGCACUGAUUGGCCUGUCGCUGGCGCGCAACAAGCGGAUGGGCCCGGUCAUGCACGAGUUUGUCGCCUCCUGGAGUCUGAAGGAGCUGGACGCAAGCGGAACGGGACUCUGCCGCAUCCCAACGGCCCUGGCACAAUCGGUCAAAUCGUUGAAGCUGGUCAAUAAUCUGCUGAGUGUGAUCCGUAGCGGCGAUUUGGACAGCUACCCUCUACUGCAACAAUUGAUUCUCUCGGAUAAUCUGAUUUCGGAGAUCGAAGACGACGCCCUCGGUCGACUUGAAUUGCUCUCUACGCUUUUCCUCGACCGCAAUCAACUGACACGGGUCCCGGUUAGUCUGCCAUCGAACCUAAACCACCUUCAUCUGCAGAACAAUGCCAUCGACGAGCUUCAGUCGAAUGUGUUCCGUAAUCUGAAGAAUCUCAGAACCCUCAAUUUGGCAGGGAAUAGGAUUGCCUAUCUGCCAGAGCUUCCGUUGCCGGGAUUAGUCCAACUGAACGUUCGACACAAUGAUCUGAAAGGGCUGAGUCAAUUGUUGGUGAAAACAUCACCGCAGUUGAGAGACCUAUUGCUGGAAAAUAAUCCAGUAAAAUGUGCCGACCUUCUUGGCAUCGCGGAAUGGGCCAAACCGUGCCGUGAUGAAAUGUUGUUCGAUGAGAAAGAUUCACAGCAAGGGUUUACCACGAGCAGCGAUGAGGGUGGUGGAUGGGAUUUUGAAAUAUUCGGAAGAUUUACGACCAACCUUCGCCACCGGGACCGUUGCACCAACAAAAAAAUUAAUCCCGCGAAAAUGAUGACGAAAAUCGCCCUCUUCAAAUCUCGGUGCGUAAAUGAAAAUUUAAUUAACCUGAACCAUCUAAAUCUUCUUAAAAGCGAUCAAACUGCCAUAAAGCGACCGCUUGGGACAAUACAGCAGGAUGAUAAAAUCAACGGACAACCGUCGCCGCCGAUAACGACAAAGACUAGCACCAUCACCGCUGAGAAAAUUAGCAGCAGCAGCAUGAUGAAUGCUACGAUGGCUUCAUUCAAGAAUUUAACGAUUCCAGCAUCGUCAUCAGCAGGAAAUCUUACCCUGGCCAAAACAAAAGAAACUGGGACAAAGUCAGAUGCUGGAAAGCUUGAGAUGACGACAACGAAUGAAGGUGCUGGUGGAAAGGUGGAAUCCGGUUUCAUUAUCAACAAUGAGACGAAAGAAAAUAUAAAUGCAAAUUCCAGUGGUGAAAGUUUGACGAAUCUUGUACGCCCCAAUGCCAACAACCAAACAAUGGCACUGCAGAAUAAUUUUCAUAAUAACACCAUCAAGGAUACGAGCCACCGCCGCGAUAAGACGAGUAGCAGUGCCGCUUGGAAAAAUAAGGUCCUUGCAAAGAAAGCACUUCUUACCGCUCAAACUAAGAUUACUUCUAAAUUGCACCCCAUAGACAAUGGAGAUUUAAGCAGAAACUCGAGCAUGAAGAAAAUCUCAAAUUUGACGGUCAUAAAUUCAAUAUACACUAAAAGUAGGGGGGAUGCUGAGGUCAGCAGUAGCGGUAGUAACAUGACAUCUUCGCCGUCACCGGUGGUGCAAAAAAUCAACGGUGAUGGCUUAAUUCGGACGUAUCCGGUAACAGUGGCACCGAUGGCAUCGAAUUUAACCCCUGAGCACACCACGGUUAGUCCGGGUAACAAAUUGGUAGGAAAAACUGUGACGAUGAUGCCACCAACAACAUCUACAACGUCGACGUUGACCGGCACGAUGGAAAAAUUCGAGCACACUACAAUGGCACAAAAACUUAAGGCAGCACCAACAACAACAACAACAACAGUAUCAACAUCAGCUGCAUCAUCACUUGAUUUUUCAACCAGAACAAGCAAUCCACAACAUCAUGGCAGUGGCACUCUACCAAACGACCAAACCGAUGCUGACGGCAAAUUUAAACAAAGCAUGCCAUCGUCUGUGGCCGUUUCUGGCUCGAUUUCGACUGUGGCCACAACAACAACAACAACAACAACAACAACUACAACGACGCCUGGUGAAUUUAAAAAGUCCAAAAUCAAAUCCAAUUUCGCCAAGGAAAAAGCCAUCGCAGCAACCCGGCAGUACAAUGUAACCAAGCAACGCAAGAAUGUAAAUCAUAUGAAGAUGAAAUUAAAAUUUAACUACGAACAGCUGCACGAUGAUGAAUUCCGCGACAAUUUCGAAAGCGACAGCAUUGGUCUUCUCGGAAUGAACCAGUACGGUGCUGCUGCUGCUUCUGGUGGUGGUGGCCACAGCAAUGGAAACUCCCAUGCCAGUGACAGGAAGAGUAAAUUUUCCAUAUAUGAUAGUAUCUACAUUGCAUCCUUGAAAAAUGCCAACUUCAAACCGUACUUCCAUCAUUCCAUGCACGUACCCAAUACUAGCCAUCCGGCAUCCGGGUCCCGAAUUCCGGAUGACGGGAUUCAUACCAUGUCCGGGGAUGCUACGUCUUCAAAAAUUUUACCACAAGAGUGGAAUGAUGUACGACCGGUGUCAAGUGGUGGCUCUCAUUACGGUCUAUUCAUUGUGGUGGGGGCCACAUUCGGUAUGCUAAUUUCGUUUGGAUUGUUCCAUCUCUAUUAUUGUCGUGUCCGGCGGGGUCAACAGCAGCAACCCGGCGAGCACCAGCACCUGCAUCACCUUUACCAGCAGCAACCGCUAUUCGACAGCAGCGGCGACGAAGCCACCCGCCGCAAUUCCACGCAUCGCUAUUCAUACGCAUUCGAGCAAGAUGACAGCGAUGAGCGUCUGACCUACACUAUUUCGACAUCGGUUUUGGACGCCCCGACGUCUGACGAUGGCAGCUUACCGGCGAUCCAUCAUCAGCAAAAACACUCCAGCCAGAAACCGGAUGUCCUCCAUAUGGACGUGCUAAAUCCAUUCAAUUCAAUCCCUUUGUCCCGUGAUCCGAGCACCAGAAGCAGCAGCAGCAGCACCAGCACUAGCGCUAGUAGCUGCCUAGAUGGCGAUGGUGGUCUCACUAUUGGCCAUGGUGAUUAUCAUUCGGGUGGCAAUCAACUGCUGCACCCGCUCAACAGGCUCAACUUCUCAAACAAUCCAAAUACUUCCAAUAAUCAUAAUCGCAGCAACCAUCGUAGCGUUGAAACCACAGCCAUCGAUAGAUGGUGACGACGAUGACAGCGACGACAACUUCAUUAUAGUUCAUUUAACGAUGCCUACUGUGUUUUCGAGUGAACUGGAUUAUACACAAAUAUAAGACCGAAACAUGCUUCCUAAAUGCGAACGAGAUAUUUGUACAUUUAAUUGCACCACACUGGCGAAAUCGCAAGUGCAAUUGUACAGAAAUAAAUUACUCAUCUUUGGUGAUAGUAAAAACGGAUGUGCUUUAUUGGACGUCCAAAAAGAAGUACAUACCACACAUGAGAUUUGUACGAUGUCCAUGAAAUGAAUGCUAAAAUCGAUUUGAUUUAAGGCCCAUUAAACUUCAGUUUAAUGAGAUUGUAGUACAAGAUAUUUUUUGGUGCAAAAAUGUAAAGGAUAAGGAAAAAAAUUAUCAAACUUUAAUUAAAACUAAAAACAGAUUAAACAUUCAGAAC